AUGACGGCCCCAAGUAAUACCGAGGGAUACACUGCCAGUACCCCUGAUUCACCUGACCGCAACCGUCAGCGCAACCUCGUCGACGACCACAAUCACGGACACAAUGAUGGAUACAACCAGGGACAUGUAACUGGAGGGACAGAGUUACAUCCUCACCACCAGGCACAAUCACAACGCCGCCUUUCUCGAGCCUCUUCGCGUCGUGCCUCAGUCGUAUCACCCGUCAACUAUGAUGUCCCAGACGACUACGCAAACCUCGAGGCAUCCAAUAUAUCACCAGUCCAGAACCCAGACGAGGAGUCCAUCACUCGCCAUGAGACUCUAGAACAAGUCAGGAGUCGUGACCAGGACUACCUCCGGGAACAAAAGCAGCAAAGACGGGAAGAGCCCGAGUCAUCAGAGAACUACUACGAAAGGGAAAAGGGACAGGAAAAGGGAGAGCAGCACGCCAAAAGACAACAAAAAGUCUCCCGCCUCGCCACAGAACUUUACACCAUCUCCUACCUCAUCUUUUUCUCCCUUCUCGGCACCCUCGCCAGACUGGGCCUACAAGCCCUCACCUCCUCGUACCCACAAUCACCCAUCAUCUUCCCCUCGAUAUGGCCCAACUUCGCCGGCUGUGUGGUCAUGGGCUUCCUAGCCGAGGAUCGCAUGCUCUUCCGGGCAUCAGACUGGGGUCAACAAUCAACAACAGCCCCCAAACCUAAAAAGGACGAUGACGAUGAAGAAACCGGCGGCAGUGUCCCAGCCGAAAAAGCCGAUAUCGACCCAGCAGCAGCCAAAAAAGCCCACCUCUCCCUCAAAAAGACCAUCCCGCUCUACAUCGGUCUCGCAACCGGCUUCUGCGGCUCUUUUACUUCCUUCUCCUCUUUCAUCCGGGAUAUUUUUCUGGCGCUCUCCAACGACCUCGCCGCCCAUGAUACUACCCCAGUUUCCCGAAACGGCGGCUACUCCUUCCUAGCCUUACUCUCCGUCGGCAUAACCACCAUCUCCCUCUCCCUCGCCGGCUUGUUUCUAGGAGCCCACCUCGCCAUCGCCUUCUCACCCCUCUUUACCCGCUUCUCUUUGACCCUCCCCUACACUUUCGUUAGUCGCAUCCUCGACCGCCUCGCUGUCCUUUUGGGCUUCGGUUGCUGGCUAGGCGCUGUGUUGCUGAGUAUCUUCCCACCCGACCGGCACUCUAUUCCGAAUGAAAGUGAAGAGCGCUGGCGCGGCUCCGCAACCUUCGCCCUCGUCUUUGCUCCGCUCGGCUGUCUCCUGCGGUUCUACGCCUCGGCGCAUCUCAACGGCCGACUACCCAGUUUUCCUUUGGGGACUUUUGUGGUGAACAUGUUUGGUACUGCGGUGCUGGGCAUGGCCUGGGACUUGGCGCAUAUGCCGAGCUUGGGAGGAGUGGUGGGGUGUCAGGUGCUGCAGGGGGUGGCGGAUGGGUUUUGCGGGUGCUUGACGACGGUGAGCACGUGGGUUUCCGAGUUGGCGGCGUUGAGGAGGAGACAUGCGUAUGUUUAUGGGGGUGUGAGUGUGGGUGGGGGGUUGGCGUUGUUGGUGGUUGUUAUGGGGAGUUUGAGAUGGACGGAGGGGUUUGGGGAGGUUAGGUGUUUGCAUUGA